GUCACAAAUAAGUAUUCAAUUUGGAAUUGAUGAAUAGCUUAGCUUGAAGAAGAAGCUACUCACGGCAUCGUUAGUUUUCAGAAUAUGAUCGAAAAAGUUAUUCUCUGAAAACCCUUUUUUGAUGAGAUUUGGAUUCUCCUGUAUUCUUAAUAUUAUUCUUCUGCCCUCUAUAUCUAUAUAAAUUAAAGCUACGAGGCUGAAAUAUAUAUAACAUUUCCUUUCCGAUCCUUUGUUUAAUUUAACGGUUCGAUCGGCGAGUUUUAUGGAUGGCAGCGCCGCCGCGAUGAGGCUGAGGAGGUUGCCCCACGUGUUCGGGAAGGUUCUGGAGUUGCCCUUCCGCUCCGAUGACGACGUGAUUGUGGAAGAAAACGCCGAGGGGUUCCGGUUCGUGGCGGAGAUCGGCCAUGUUGCCGAGCACGGCUGCGGCGGCGGCGGCUUGAGGGCCCACGCGGUGGAGAUCCAUCCCGGAAUAACCAAGAUUGUGGUGAGGAAUAAUAGUCGUCAUCAGGAGGGGUCGUCAUCGGUUGCAUUGUUUUUGGAGCAAAUGAAGCUGGACACGUGGCGGUUUAGGCUGCCGGCGUUCACGCAGCCGGAGCUAACUAGGGCGGCGUUCGUGGACGGGAAGCUCAUCGUGACGGUACCCAAAGGCGGCCCCGGCGGCGGCGGCCGUGGAGAGUUGGUGAACGGAAGGCACGCUUGGGGUUGGGGAGGCAGCCGGAUUAUUAGAGUGCAAUAAUUUUUGCAUGGAAUUCGCGAGCUCCAAAUUGAUGAGGAAAACGUACAAUUCAAACCUUAUUAUUAUUUCUUAUGCCAAUAAUUAAGGUUUCGAAUCUUGUUUACUAAUAAUGUGAAAUGUGCAUAUAUAUAUAUACACAUGUAUAUUUGAAAUGUCGUGUUGUGUUGCUACAAUGAAUAAAAUUUGGAUAAAUUAAUCAUCUUCGGAUGUGAUUAUUCAUAA